GUGACAUCCUGUCGCUCGGUCUCGUGACACCGGUCAGCUGUUAACAUCCAGACUCGGUCCCUGGUUUUAAAUGUCGUGUUGUUCUGUUCAGUAGAAGAGUAAACUGUUCUGAGAUCAUCUCCACGGCCGCUGAGGAUGUUGUCUCGACUGCUGAAGGAGCACCAGGCCAAGCAGAAUGAGCGGAAGGAGCAGCAGGAAAGACGAAGGCGUGAAGCCAUCACUGCAGCCACCAGCCUGACGGAGGCCAUGGUGGACCACCUCAACGUCGGGGUUUCUCAGGCAUACGUAAACCAACGUAAGCUGGACCAUGAGGUGAAGACUCUCCAAGUGCAGGCGAGCCAGUUCUCCAAACAGACUGCUCAGUGGAUCGGGAUGGUGGAGGGCUUCAAUCAGGCCCUUAAGGAAAUUGGUGAUGUGGAGAACUGGGCACGGAGUAUUGAGAUGGACAUGAGGACCAUUGCCACAGCUCUGGAGUACGUGCACAAGGGUCCAAUUCAGUCUGCUUCCUCAUAAACUACAUGGGAAACACUGGGAUGAAACAGAAAUCCACCUGACCCCUGUCACAGAGAUGCCAGCAGCAGGGACUCUGCUCGUAUGCACUCUCUCUGAUUGGGCUAAUGCUGAGGAUUACUUUGUGCAGAGCAUCACUGCUUCAGUGGGAGCUACAGUAUUAACCAGGGCGACCACACAGUGAUGCUGGAGUUCAAAGAUCAGAGAGUAAAAUGAAAUUGGUCUUGAAUAUGUGACAAAUAACAGGAAAUGAGUAAUUGUGUGGAACAAACUUGAACAUUAUUGAAUUGUUAAGGUUUUGCAUGUAAAAACUUAGUAUUUUCUUUUAGUAGAAGGUUAAAGGGGCCCUGCAACGCCAUCUGUAACACUUGAACAUACAUCAGUGUGAUAAAAACUGCUUAACAUGACCGCAUAUGGAGAAAGUUGGGUUUAUUAUAAUGCAUCCAGCCACCAGGGGGCGAUCAGGGUGAUUUGGCUUCAAUUUGGAGAGCUGUCAUUUCGUCCAUAUUUAUAUACAGUCUACGGUCUGUUGUAUCUCCGCAAAGCAUUUAGUAAGAAAGGCCUUGUUUCACCACCUGAUAACUAAAAUAUGUCUAUUUUUAUUUAUUUUAUGUCUGUGUAUAUUGACUGCUUAACGUUUAGUAACCAUUUGGUGAUCGAACAUUUUAUUUUUAAUAAAAGUUGAGAAUGA